UUAUUUAUAUAAACAGACUAGAUAUCUUCCAAAUUAGUGCAAACUUACCGUCGCGUAUGUUGCUUACUUGGCCCCUACUCCUUCUUUCAGUCUCAUAUAUUCCCAUUCCCUCGCAAUUCUACCAUCACCCAUACCAGCACUCACCAUUUCUUUCUAUUUUCUUCUACCAAAUAUGCCUAAUCAUAAUGAAUCCAUUAGUGUGGUUGUUAGAGAGUUCCAUGUUAACAAAGACACAGAAAGAGUAGUAACACUCGAAAACACAUGUGAAGUUGGACCCACUAACAAACUUUCUCUCUAUACCGACAUGCUCGGUGACCCCAUUUGCAGACUCCGUAACUCCCCUUCUUUCCUAAUGCUGGUUGCUGAAAUUGGUGAAGAGAUAGUUGGAAUGAUAAGAGGAUGCAUCAAAACAGUCGCAUGCGGUAAAAGCCUCUCAAGAUCAAAAGCAGCUCUCACUAAACAAAUCCCACUUUACACCAAACUCGCUUACAUAUUAGGCCUUCGAGUUUCUCCUAAUCAACGGAGAAUGGGAAUAGGGUUGAAGCUGGUAAAGAAAAUGGAAGCGUGGUUUAAAGAUAACGGCGCUGAAUAUUCAUACAUGGCAACGGAAAGCGAAAAUUUAGCGUCCGUUAAACUCUUCACAGAGAAAUGCGGUUAUUUAAAGUUCCGUACGCCGUCAAUCCUCGUUAACCCCGUUUACGCUCACAGAACUAAAGUUUCACGAAACGUUACUAUCAUUCCGUUAACUCCUUCAGACGCCGUUAUUCUCUAUCGUAACCGUUUCUCCACCAUCGAGUUUUUCCCUCGCGACAUUGACUCAGUUCUAAAUAAUAAACUCAGUCUCGGUACUUUUCUCGCCGUACCUUGUGGGUCCUACAGUGUUGAAAACUGGCCGGGCCCAGUAAGGUUUCUUUUGGGCCCACCUUGUUCUUGGGCCGUUUUAAGUGUUUGGAAUUCGAAGGAGGUUUUUAAGCUUGAGGUACGUGGCGCAUCGCGCGUGAAGCGGGCUUUUGCUAAGACAACGCGGGUUUUGGAUCGGGCUUUUCCGUGGUUGAAGAUGCCGUCGGUUCCGGAUUUGUUUAGGCCGUUUGGGUUUCAUUUUUUGUAUGGGCUUGGUGGUGAAGGCCCAAAGGUUGUUAAGAUGGUUAGGGCCUUGUGUGGGUUUGCGCAUAAUAUAGCUAUGGAAUAUGGGUGUGGGGUUGUGGCUACUGAGGUUGCUUCUUGUGAACCGCUUAGGUUAGGAAUACCGCACUGGAAAAUGCUAUCUUGCGCAGAGGAUUUAUGGUGCAUUAAAAGACUUGUGGAGGAUUAUAGUAAUGAUUCUGUUGGGGAUUGGACUAAAUCUGUGCCCGGAAUCUCCAUUUUUGUGGACCCUAGAGAUGUUUAAAGGUUAUCCAUUUUUAAAUAUAAAUAAGUGAAAUAUAUGUAUAUUAUCUUACUUUAAUAUCUCUGCACAGCUACUAAUUAAGUUGAAUGUAUGAGAUAUUGUAUCACUAUUUCUUUUUCAUGGUUUUAAAAUGUGUGUACAUUUGUAAAUUGUGAUAAUAAUACCAUGGUGAUUGUUUUUAA